AUGCGGCCUAUUCUGUUGUCGGGCCAUGAACGGUCCCUGACCCAAAUCAAGUUCAACACCGAUGGCGAUCUCCUCUUCUCGACUUCCAAGGAUAAGGUUGUGUGCGCGUGGUGGUCCGCCAACGGCGAGCGUCUCGGAACAUACUCUGGUCACCAGGGUGCCGUCUGGACUGUCGACGUUAGCCCCAACACCGUCCUCCUCGCUACCGGUUCCGCAGAUAACACCGUUCGGCUAUGGAACAUCAAGACUGGAGAGUGUGUGAAGACCUGGGAUUUCCCGACGGCUGUUAAGCGGGUGGCCUUUUCCCCCGAUGGAUCCAAGCUGCUGGCCGUGACGGAGAAGCGCAUGGGUUUCCUCGGUACAAUUGCGGUUUUCGAUAUUGCCUACGGUGACGGCGAGCUCAACAACUUGAACGUUCAGGCCGAUGAGCCUAGCUUGCGCAUUACCUGCAAUGAGAGCAAGGCUACCGUGGCGGGGUGGAGUUAUCUGGGCAAGUACAUCAUCGCUGGACACGAGGAUGGCAGCGUCAGCCAAUACGACCCCAAGACUGGUGACCAGCUGGAGAACGUCCAGGCCCACGAGUUCGACCACCAGAUCAACGACCUCCAAUUCUCUCCCGACCGCACCUACUUCAUCACCGCCUCCAAAGACAAGUCUGCCAAGCUCAUGGCUGCCAGCAACCUCGCUAUCCUCAAGACCUACAAGGACUACGUUAUCCUCGGUGGUGGUCAGGCCGCCAUGGAUGUCACAACCACCUCUGCCCGUCAGGGUAAGUUCGAGGCCCGCUUCUACCACAAGGUCUUCGAAGACGAGAUCGGCCGUGUCCGUGGCCACUUCGGUCCCCUCAACACCAUCGACGUGCACCCCGCCGGUACCGCAUAUGCCUCGGGUGGUGAGGACGGUUACGUCCGUAUUCACCACUUCGACAAGCCCUACUUCGAUUUCAUGUACGAGGUUGAGCGGGAGCAGCUGCGGAAGUAA